AGUAGACACAACUUCAACCGAGUGGCCAGCGGUUAGCUACUCACUAUGGCUACUUUUAUGAAAGUGACAUGCUUAGCCAUCCUAUUGAGCAGCACUCAUGCCGGCUACCUCCAUGGUAAUAACCAUGGCGCCCCAGCACCCACUUACGGUCCGCCAAGUGGAUCUCACUCUCAUUCAUCAAGUUUCUCACCGAGCAGCUUCCCUGCUGGAUCCUUACCGUCAGCUACCUUCUCUGGAUCAGGAAUAAGCAGCAGCUUCUCUUCAGGACAUAAUCAAGGAGGUGCCAUCCUUGAUACGUCUUUAGCAUCACAUGGACAUGGACACGGACACGGAGGCGGACAUAGCAUCUCUGGUCCCAUCAGUGGGGGAAUCAGCGGAUCAUCUUCACUCGGUGGAGGAGAUCUAGGAGGCUCUAGUUUCGGUGGAUCUGGACUCGGAAAUGCUGGACUUAGCUCAAACCUUGGUAGCUCUGGAUUUGGAGGCUCUGGAUUUGGCGGCUCUGGAUUUGGCGGUUCUGGAAUUGGCGGCUCUGGAUUUGGUGGUUCUGGAAUUGGCGGCUCUGGAUUUGGUGGUUCCGGACUAGGUGAUUCUGGACUCGGAGGUUCUGGACUUGGAGGAUCAGGACUUGGAGGCGCUGGAUUCAACGGCCCUGCACUUGGUGGUAAUGGGAUCAGUGGGUCGAACCUUGGUGGUCCUAGCUUAGCUGCCGGAGGCGAUGGACUUCCCGCAGGCCCUAAAGCCCCUGUGAUCACAGAAAUUCACGGUCUAGCUAACAACAACGGUGCACCCACACAAUACCGCAUCCAAGAACAACGUUACCAAGUUCUGAAGGAAGUUACUCACAGAGUGCCCCAGCCUGUACCAUACCCCGUUAAGCAAACUGUUCAAAUCCCCGUACCCCAGCCUUACCCCGUACAAGUACCAGUCGUCAAAAACGUUCCAGUACCUGUUGUACAGAUCCAGAAAGUCCAGGUUGAUAAGCCAGUCCCAUACCCUGUAGAGAAAAUCGUGAAAGUUCCCGUUGAGAAAAUCGUCAAAGUACAUGUCGACCGCCCAGUUCCAGUUGAAAAAAUCGUGAAGGUACCCGUUGUGAAAUUGAUCAAAGUACCUGUUCCAGUUGUGAAGAAAUACGCCGUUCCAGUUUUCAAGACGGUCCACCACAAGGCGCACGAGAGCCAUGGUCACGGUUCCAGCUACGGACAUGGUCCCAGCUAUGGACAUGGCUCAAGCUACGGUCACUACGACCACGGACACGUUGACCUCGGUUCCAGCCAUGGGCACUACGACCACGGACACACUGAGCACGUUGAACACAUUGAAUUAGACUCCAGCCAUGGACACUACGAUCACGGACACGUUGACCUCGGCUCCAGCCACGGGCCCAUCAUCAGUUCCGGCGGCCAUGGUCACAGCCAGGGUUGGUCAAGCAGCUGGUAAGCCCGGGACCAAAGAAGUACAUGUACAUAUUACCAUAAUCGUCACAUACCUAGUCCGGUCUUUUGUAAAUAAACUCGCUUCAUAGCUCAUCGUGAGGCUGCAAUCUAGGGUGAUAACUAAGUCAUUAAUUUAGGUGAAUACAUAACAUGUAUUCUAAUAAUGUUACGUUUGCUGUAAAUAGUAAUGUAAUGCUACUUACUUUAAUAAAAAAAAUAUCCAAAGUCAA